GCGUCGUCCUCAUUACGUCAUGUCGUAUGAAAGUGCGUAGUGACGGCCGCUUGUCGACGGUUUUCCCUCUUCGAAGAGGCAAAGCUGUUUAGUUCUGUUGAUGUUUAGCUAAAGACGAUUAUUGUUGAACACCGAAAUUUUAACACUACAGAGGGAGGCGCGUUAAAGAAAUCGGCCAUCCAUAACAAAGUUGUUAAAGCAGACUUAUGCAGGCCUGCUAGCAGCGCAAGAUGUUUAACAAGUCAUUUAGUACUCCCUUUGGUGGAGGGACCGGGGGGUUUGGCGCCUCGUCGACCUUCGGACAGCAAAGCACAGGUUUUGGGACGACGGGAGGCUUUGGGACGUCUGCGUUUGGGGCGACCGGCAACACUGGAGGGCUGUUUGGUUCCACACAGAAUAACCCUGGCGGUCUGUUUGGGUCCAGUACAUUUAGCCAGCCAGCCACUUCCUCCACCAGCACCAGCUUCGGUUUUGGUGCGCCGAGUGGCACUUCCGCAAGCUUGUUUGGCAAUACCAGCACCGGCACCAGCAGCGGACUCUUCUCCCAGCCGAACAGUGCUUUUGGUGCCAACAAACCCACGUCUUUUGGAAACUUCGGGACAAGCACCAGCAGCGGUGGGCUGUUUGGGUCGACCAGUACCACUUCCAACCCUUUUGGUGGAACAACCUCCCUGUUUGGAGGCUCGGGGUUCUCUGCUGCACAGCAGCCAGGCACAACCGUAAAAUUCAACCCUCCAACAGGAAGUGACACAAUGGUGAAAGCUGGCGUGACCACAAGCAUCAACACCAAGCACCAGUGCAUCACAGCCAUGAAGGAAUACGAGAACAAAUCCCUGGAGGAACUGAGGCUCGAGGACUACCAGGCUGGCAGGAAAGGCCCGACCAAUCCCAUGGCUCCAGGGACGGGCAGUCUGUUCAGUUCAGCCACACCCACAUCCAGUGGCACCACCGGCCUUUUCGGCUCCACAGCCCCUAACAGUAGCUUCUCCUUUGGACCAAAUAAGGGCACAUUUGGACCAAGUAAUUUAUGAUGACAAGCGAAUCUGUUUUUUUUUUUUCCAUUUGGUCCGACUACCACUACACAGAGCACCGGCUUCUCCUUUGGAAACACCACCACUAUGGGACAGCCCAACACCAGCAGCAUGGGUUUGUUUGGGAACACAUCAGCAUCUCAGACAGGCGGGUUGUUUGGCACUGCUCAGACCAGCACCGCCACAGGCUUCGGGACGGGCACCGGUCUGUUCGGACACCCCAGCACCGGCUUUGGAAAUGUUGGCACACAGCCGAGUUUGUUUGGUAACAAGACGACUGGGUUUGGCACCACCACCACCAGCGCCCCAUCCUUUGGCACCGGCACUGGGCUGUUCGGCAGCAAGCCUGCCCUGACGCUGGGACCUGGAGCCAACACCUCCACCUUUGGUUUUGGUGCAAACGCUCCUGGUGCAAGUCUCUUUGGGAGCAAGGCGACCACUGGAGGUCUGGGAACCGGACUGGGAGCCAGCUUUGGAACAGUGGGCCCAGGGCAGACGUCUUUGUUUGGGAGUAACCAAAACAAACUGGGCCCCACGCUGGGGACGAUGGGAACGUUUGGAACGACCGGGUUCAACAGUGGAACCAGCACGCUGGGUUUCGGAGCUCCGCAGCAGCCCGUCGCGCUCACUGAUCCAAACGCGACGGCCGCUCAGCAGGCCAUGCUUCAGCAGCAGCUUAGCGUCCUGGCGUAUUCACCGUAUGGAGACUCACCGCUGUUCAGAAACUCGCUGUCAGACCCCAAGAAGAAAGAGGAGCGUUUAAAACCAACCAAUCCGACAGCCCAGAAGGCUCUGACCACACCCACCCACUACAAGCUGACCCCUCGACCUGCGACCAGAGUCCGCCCCAAAGCCCUGACGUCAUCUGGCUCUUCCAAGUCGCAGCUCUUCGACGGCCUGGAUGACGAUGAGCCCUCACUCACCAAUGGAGCCUUUAUACCCAGAAAGAGCAUCAAGAAGCUUGUGCUGAAGAACCUGAACAGCAGUCAGUACAGCAGUCCAGUCAACAAAGAGACAGACGACCUGGCUUCACCAUCAGAGUAUCCACAGAACGGACACAGCCAUGUGGAGGAGGAGGAGGAGCUGAGGGAGCUGGCGGGCCCCAGCAGCCGGACAGACGAUGACCCCGAGGUCACCCAGUUCUAUGUCAACCCAAUCGCCAAGCCAGUCCCGCAAGGCCGCCCCCAAAACACCCUGCAGGACACCAUCAGUGACCUCAACAUGCAUAAACCGGCCAGGAACGGCCUUGAGCUGAGCAGCGAUGAUGUGUCGGCGUCUCUGGGCGAGGAGUCCCUGCAGGAGGAGAGAGAGGAGGAGCAGCAGGAGGCCCAACGGGCUCCCCACCCAGCAGGCAUCGUCCUGAACCGUGUUGGUUACUACACCAUCCCGUCCAUGGAAGAUCUGACUGAGAUGGUGGAUGAAAAUGGACAGUGUUGGGUGGAAAACUUCACUGUUGGCAGGAAAGGCUACGGCUCAGUCUACUUCCCUGGUGAGGUGAACGUGAGAGGAUUAAACCUUGAUGAGAUUGUCCACCUCAGACGAAAAGAGGUCAUCGUGUACCCGGACGACAAAAAAAAGCCGCCAAAGGGGGAGGGGCUUAACAGGCGGGCAGAGGUAACUCUUGACGGAGUUUGGCCUAAUGACAAGACAACCUGCACUCAGAUCAGGAGCCCGGAGCGCCUGGCUGACAUGAACUACGAGGGUCGGCUGGAGAAAGCUUCACGCAAACAGGGCGCUCGUUUCCUGGAGUACAGACCUGAGACCGGGUCCUGGGUGUUCGAGGUGGCCCAUUUCUCCAAAUAUGGUCUCCAGGACUCGGACGAGGAGGAAGAUGUCCCGUCCAAAGUUGACCCCAAGAAGCUGAAGACGAUGGUACCUGUUCCCCCCUCUCAGCAGCUUUCCCCCUCACAGCAGCAGGCUCAGUCCGUGGUUGUCAUGGAUUUUCCGGGUGGCGUGCCAGAAUUGGACAGUGACAUGGCCGACAUCACCCAGAGCUUCCCAACAGAGAGCAUGCUGGGAGGGGAGGAGGAUGGCGACCUGUUGGCGGGGGAGAUGGACACAACAGGCGGGAAGCUUGGAGGUUUGAUCUACGCAGAGCAUGACAGCGGCGCUGCCUCCAGCCACAUAGCGUCAACAUUGGGGAUUAACCCCCACACCCUCCAGAUCAUGAAGGCGUCUCUGUUUGCUGAAGAUGAGGAGGAGGGUGACAUGUUUCAGGAUCAGGGAGUGAUGAAGGUCUCUGCUGACGUUUCAUCUCCUCGUGUCGUCCUGCCGGGAGCUCAGGGCCGACCCUCCGUGGGUGGUCUCCUUCAGGCCCAUUUUACCUCCGGCUUCCUCUCUCAGUACUCCGACUCUCCCCGCCCUCCUCCUCUGUCCUGGGCUUCUCCGGCGGCAGUUGAACCAUCCCGGUCUUCACACUGGGGGGGACCAGGCCCCUCCUCCUUCCUGCUCCCCCCUCGAGCUCCAGAGCCUUCGAUCAAGACGGUUGGUGUGCGGCGGCUGGGUGGCCCUGUCCCGCUCAAAAAGUCGGUCACUCAGGGGAAGGUAAAAUACCUGAUGGAUGCAGGGCUGUUUGCUGGUCGGUCCUUUCGGGUGGGGUGGGGUCCCGGCUGGACUUUGGCACACUGUGGCCACCGGCUGAGCUCGCUGUCCUCCAAACAGCUUGACCAACAAGAACUGACCACCAAGGCCGACUUCAACUUCCUGCCGAAACCUGCUGGGAGCAAGCCGCUGAUAGAAAGCCCCUACAAGGUGGUGCUGGAGCAGCUGGUGGCUCUGGAACCUCCAGCAGUGAAGGCCAGCGAGGAGCAGGAGUGUGAAGCGAGCCAAGCGGUGCUGCAACACCCCCUGGAGAUCUGUCUGAAGCACAGCACCGUCAGCUCCACAGACGAGUCUGCCUGCCCCCUGGUCCGGCCGCAGCCUGGUGUGGCAGCGCUGCAUGAGUACGCCGAGUGGAUCGUUGACCUGAGGGCCAAGCAGGGCGAUGCAGACCCUGUCCUAGGUUACUGGGCUGAAGUCUGGACCCUGUGUGAGGCCCUGUGGGGCUGGUUGGGUCCCGCAGACCAGGAGCCAGACAUAGAGACUCUCAGCGGCUAUGAGCAGCAGCUGGAGAGGAGGCGGACCUUCUCAACCUGGCUGUCCCACGGCGCCACCUGCAGGGUGGAGGAGGAGGUGGCUCUGGUGGGCAAGGGUCGUCACACAGAGGCCAUCUUCAGCUAUCUGACAGGCAACCGCAUCAGUGAGGCGUGUCGGCUCGCACAGAAGGAGGGAGACCACCGUCUGUCCCUGCUGCUGUCCCAGGCUGUGGGCUCUCAGUACUGCCGGGACCUGCUGGCCUUGCAGCUCGCUGACUGGAAUCGCACGCAGAACGACUGCUACCUGCCUGAGGAACGACUUCGCAUCUUCACACUGCUCGCCGGAAAACCCGUGUGGCAGUCGUCCGACUCGGAGGUGAAUGUGUGCACUCACCUGGACUGGAAACGCAGCAUGGCCGUCCACCUCUGGUUCAUGUUGCCCCCGACCGCAUCGGUGGCAGACGCCCUUGCCAAAUAUGAAGCUGCCUUCCAGGGCUCCUGUGAGGCCGGGAAGUAUGCCUGUUCCCCACUGCCUCCGUACCUGGAGAAGGAGCAGCUAUAUGUUGAGGAGGAGGAGUCUAACCGGCCGCUGUAUGAUCUGUGCUUCCACCUGCUUAAGCUCUACAGUGACAGACACUACCCCCUGCAGCAGCUGCUGGACCCUCUGACGGUCACCUGGGAGCGUCUGGAUUACCGUCUGAGCUGGCACCUGUGGGGCGUCCUCCAGGCGCUGCACUACAGCCACCUGAGUGCCUCACGGGAGGGACUCCUCCACACCAGCUACGCCGCACAGCUGGAGAGCGCUGGCCUGUGGCACAUGGCCAUCUUCAUUCUGCUGCACAUCCCUGACCACACUCAGCGGGAGCGAGCGGUGAAGGAGACGCUGACCCUCUACUGCCCCCUGCAGGAGACGGGUGAGUCUGUCCAGAGGGAGCGCUUCCUGACCGAGAGACUGCUGAUCCCAGAGCAGUGGAUCCACGAGGCCAAGGCCAUGCGAGCCCGCCGAGACGCUGACACGCACCAGGAGGCCCUGCACCUGUACCGAGCUGGGUACUGGAACCAGUGUCACCGGCUGCUGAUCCAACACCUGGCCUCAGACUGCAUCAUCAACGACAACCACGACUACCUGCUGGAGUUCCUGGAGGGUCUGGCUGUCCCUGACCACAGCGCCACCAUCCAGGACUGGGACACUGCAGGGAGGGUCUACCUGGACUACAUCCGCGUCAUAAAGACUCUGCAGGACAUCCAGCAGGCGGACAACGCCGGUUACAAGCUGGAGCAUCUCUACACCAACGUGACAUCUCUGUGCAGCAGAAUCGAGCUCCUGCCCUGCAGCACGGCCAGGGACCGCCUUGCCCAAUCAGAAAUGGCGAAACGUGUUGCCAACAUCCUGCGUGUGGUGCUGAGCCUGCAGCAGGGCGACGCGGCGUCUGCCUCCCUCAGCCUCCCACUUGCUCAGCUGGUGCCACACGUCACCCGCCUGCCGAUGCCAGAGGACUACACGCUGGAGGAGCUGCGAGGCCUCACCCAAUCAUACCUGCGACAGCUCGUCGUCAGCCAAUGAGAGCGCAGCACAGCAGAAAUACCACAGAGGUGUUGGGAAUAAAACUAUGAAAAGGUCUGUGGGUGUUGACUUUUCUGCUGCUCGGAUGACAUGAAAUUCUGCUUCUGACACUUUCCAAAAACAAAAAAAAGGCUGCAAAAACGUUUAUUUUGAGAGUAGUCCAUUCUUCUCAUUUCUGAGGCUCUGAGCACAGAGAGGAGCCAUUUGUCAGCCUGGAGUUGAUUCGCCUCAGUUUUGGACACUGUGUGUUUGAGCUGCUUUGGCGCCUUCAGCAGAAACCAGCACAAAGCUUGGCUCAGUCGUUCCUCACCCUGAGAUGACUCUGAUAGGCCAGCGAGGUUUGUAUGUUUUAUCCCACUUACCACAAAACACAGUUAGCCAUUUACCACACCAGGUUUCUCUGUUUUAAAGCAGUGCUUCAAGGCCCUGAAAGAGGGACACAGGACAAGUAUAUGGGGGUGUAGGGGGGAUUGACGAAAGCAACAGAUCGGCUCUAUUGUCUCUGACUGUGCUCAGAAUUGCCCCCCGUUUUGUGUGAAUUCAUGGAUUUUUUUUUUUAU